CCAAUACACAGCGCCAUUGGUUCUGCCCUUUCUGGCUUCUGGGCUAGAAAAGAGCUUCGAUACCUGCUGUAGUGAUGAACCCUCGCUGGUGUCGGCAACCCGGCGUCGCUGAUGAGCGGCAGCUGCUGGUGACUUCCCUGCAGCUAUUCGGCUGUCCUUGGACAUUAUCCCACUGAGAACAGCAGGGAAGUGUAGCCACCAGCAUGUCCAAGCACAAACUUAUUAUACUGAGACACGGCGAGGGUGAGUGGAACAAGCAGAACCGCUUUUGUAGCUGGGUGGACCAGAAACUUAACAGUGACGGACUGGAGGAAGCGCGCAACUGUGGGAAGCAGCUCAAAGCGCUGAACUUUGAGUUUGACCUCGUCUUCACCUCCAUCCUCAACCGGUCCAUUCACACAGCCUGGCUGAUCCUGGAAGAGCUGGGGCAGGAGUGGGUCCCUGUGGAGAGCUCCUGGCGCUUGAACGAGCGUCACUAUGGGGCCCUGAUUGGCCUCAACAGAGAGAAGAUGGCUCUGAAUCACGGUGAAGAGCAGGUGAGGCUCUGGCGGAGAAGCUACAACGUGACCCCGCCUCCUAUCGAGGAGUCUCAUCCCUACUUCCAUGAGAUCUACAGUGACCGGAGGUAUAAAGUGUGCGAUGUGCCCUUGGAGCAACUGCCGCGGUCCGAGAGCUUGAAGGAUGUCCUGGAAAGACUUCUUCCCUACUGGAAGGAAAGGAUUGCCCCGGAAAUACUAAAGGGCAAGACCAUCCUGAUAUCUGCUCACGGGAACAGCAGCAGAGCCCUCCUGAAACAUCUCGAAGGUAUCUCAGAUGAUGACAUUAUCAACAUCACUCUUCCUACCGGAGUCCCGAUUCUGCUGGAGCUGGAUGAGAGCCUGCGUGCUGUUGGGCCUCACCAGUUCCUGGGGGACCAGGAGGCCAUCCAGGCAGCCAUUAAGAAAGUAGACGAUCAAGGAAAAGUGAAACAAAGCAAAAAAUAAAGCUCUUCCCCAGUGUGGCCAGACGUCAGCGCAGGGCGGCAUGCAGUGUGUUGCGGUGCGGGCUCCUCCUUUCCCUGUUGUCCCGGUUGUCCCUCCUUUCCCAAGGCUAGGCUGUGUGGUAGAGUGCGUGUACAUGACUAGGUAAUUUAUCAUGGCCCAGAUGUGACCUUCAGAUGCUGAAGACCUUGGUCUUAAGCCUAAAUUAACUUUUCUGCUACUCCUGUUUGAAUUAAGUUUUAAAGUAGUAGCCAGCGAGGCUUGACCAAGGUUGUUUGAUGAAGUUUGGAGCCAGGAGAGUAAAUCACUUAACAAGUUGUUUCUGCGUCAUCAGUGAGGGGUACUGUUCCAGCGAGCAGCUCUCCUUUUUGUACUCAGUAAAACUCUCUGAGAUGAGUAAAGACUACUAGGUAGCACUUGAGCAGUUUAGACCAGAAGCCCCUAGAACGGGCAGUCACCCAUGGGUCCCAGGGAAGGCAACCAAGUGCCACAGUAGCACAAGGCCC